UACAACAAAUAAAUGAUCAGCAGCAAAGUGAACGGCCCCUUAACAGCUGCAGCCGCAUACAACAACAGUUUGACCAGCACUGAUCCCCCGCAUCGUUGUUGCUGCUGUUCUUGUAGGUAGGAUCACUCAAUGCAUGAGGCAGUCGAAACGGUCGCGGCAUUUGUGUUGUUGUUGUGAGUCUAAGGAGGAGACAGAGAACACAAUCAACAGACACAGAAGGCCCUGGAGCGCCAUUUGACGGGAGUUUGCCGGUGGCGGAGGUCCACAGACAACAACUGCCGGUCCAUCUGCUGGUAAUGUGGCAAACGCCACAGCCCUCGCUGGUGGUAAAACAAAUUCAAGCAAUAAUAUGUAUUCCACCCGCCAAUCUGUAAGCACCACAACAGGUGUACUUAUGGUCGGACCAAAUUUUCGUGUCGGUAAAAAAAUUGGCUGUGGUAAUUUUGGCGAAUUGCGUUUAGGCAAAAAUCUUUACAACAAUGAACAUGUAGCAAUAAAAAUGGAGCCUAUGAAGUCAAAGGCUCCGCAACUACACUUAGAGUAUAGGUUUUAUAAACUAUUAGGAUCACAUGCAGAGGGUGUACCAGAAGUAUAUUACUUCGGCCCAUGCGGCAAAUAUAAUGCUCUUGUUAUGGAGUUACUUGGUCCAUCGCUUGAAGAUUUAUUCGAUAUUUGCGGCAGACGUUUCACUUUGAAGACCGUACUACUGAUAGCUAUACAAUUACUCCACCGGAUCGAAUAUGUUCAUAGUCGGCACUUAAUCUAUAGGGAUGUCAAACCAGAGAAUUUUCUCAUUGGCAGAACAUCAACAAAACGUGAAAAAAUUAUACACAUAAUCGGUAAGAUCACAUUAAUAGGAUUCAUUGCAAAUAAUACAUUUUUGUUUUCCCUUAUAGAUUUCGGUUUGGCCAAAGAAUAUAUUGAUUUAGAUACAAAUAGACAUAUACCAUAUCGGGAACAUAAAUCCCUAACUGGCACAGCUCGUUAUAUGUCAAUCAAUACGCAUAUGGGACGUGAGCAGUCGAGACGAGAUGAUCUUGAGGCGUUAGGUCAUAUGUUUAUGUAUUUCUUAAGAGGUUCACUGCCGUGGCAAGGCCUUAAGGCUGAUACACUCAAGGAGAGAUAUCAAAAAAUCGGUGAUACAAAACGUGCAACGCCCAUUGAGGUGCUUUGCGAUGGCCACCCCGAAGAGUUUGCAACAUAUUUGCGCUAUGUGCGACGGUUAGAUUUUUUCGAAACUCCCGAUUAUGAUUUUCUGCGAAGACUGUUUCAAGACUUAUUCGAACGUAAGGGCUAUACCGAUGAGGGCGAAUUCGAUUGGACAGGGAAGACAAUGACCAAGGAACAGCUGGAUCAAAUGAAGGUCAUUAAGAAUGCGCCCCCUUCUCAUUUGGCGAAGAAUAAAUCGGAUAAGUCAACGCCCGUCGGAUCUCUGCAAACUGGCCAUGAAGUCAUCAUUUCACCAAAUAAAGAUCGUCAUAAUGUUACGGCUAAGACAAAUGCCAAAGGAGGUGUUGCUGCGUGGCCUGAUGUGCCUAAGCCUGGGGCUACUUUGGGCAAUUUAACACCGGCCGAUCGACAUGGCUCAGUGCAGGUUGUGAGUUCGACAAAUGGCGAACUAAAUGCGGACGAUCCCACGGCCGGACACUCUAAUACGCCCAUCACACAGCAGCCCGAAGUAGAACUGGUCGAUGAAACAAAUGGUUCCUUAUAUUCCAGAUGUUGUUGUUUCUUUAAACGAAAGAAGAAGAAAUCAACUCGCCAAAAAUGACUAGACGGUGUACAAUGUAGUCCAGAACGCGAAGCGGUCACCCUGCUGCGCGCAACUUCACAUUCAAACUCACGGGAUAGCGUAUUGAAUAAUCCAAGUCAGGAUUAUAUACAGCAGGCGACGUCGCAGCAUACGUUGCGUUAUCCUCCAUCCGCGUCAAUGUUGACGCCAACACCAACUACAAAUACACCGACACUUCCGUUGUAAUUUAUAUAAAUAUAAAACAUAAAAAAAAAACAAAAAAUACCAUCAAGAAAACCACAAAAAAGCAAAAUAAACAAGAACAACAAACAAAAAAUUACCUAAUUAAACACUAAAAUCAGUAAAAAA